UGCAGAUGAAUGCAAGUGUACGUCUGAAAACCAGGGCCGUCACUGCUCUCACCUUGGUGUCCGCCCGCGGACGUGUGCUUGCUCUACUAGGGACAGCUGAGGGAAAUAUAAUAAAGGUGAGUACAUAUGUAUAGAUUUUUGAAUGUAUAUGAACAUAAAUGUUCCUGAGCGGAUGUAAGAAGAAAGAAUGCUCGUCAAAUAGCUUGAUCUACGUAUUAUCUACAAACGCGACAAGUACAACCUACACCAUGUUUUUUGCGUGAGUCUCGACGAGACAAUCGCCACAACAAACACACAUCAAUGUUCCCGGAUUAAUAUCAAGCACAAUAAAUAAACCCCGGCUUACGGUCAAAAUGUUAAUUGUUGCCGCUAAAUAGCUCUAUGUUCUUUUGCAAAGACCUGAUCUAAACAAACUAAUUAGUGCAGUGCGUUAUCGCAGAUAUAUACGAUGUAACACCUAAUAACAAACUGAAAAUUGUAAACAUGAGUUUUCCAAAGUUUAGAGGCACGUUUAUUAACAAUACGAUUAUUGCCCUCGCUAACAUGAAAACAUGAUAAGAAGUUAUAUUGAUCGCACUUAAUUGCUGACGAGUAAGCUGACGAUAUAGGAUAUGUAAAAAAGUGGUGACAACAUAGAUAAUGAAGACGCGGACAAUUUGAGUAUAGAUGAAUGUUCUGUAAAAGGACACGAAUUUGUAUUCCGCUCGUUUUCAUUUUUGCAAGUCUUACCAUUUAACAUUACAUCGUAAUAACGGUCAUUAACACCAUUAACAAAGAUAUAUUAUGCCACAUUUGGAACAUGCAUUCCUACACAGAACAGGGCGUAUCUAACCCUCAUAUACAUAUAUAAAUUAUGCCACAUACAGAACAUGCAUUCGUUCACUUAACAGAGUGGGCAGACCGAGUAUAUGUAAAGACACAUUAUGCAACGUAUGAACUAUGUAUUCUACCACUGAAGAUAUUUGGCAGAUAAUUUAUGUCAACAAUGCAAUAUAUUCAUUGAAGCUUUAACGCAGUGUUUAUGAAACCAAUGCAGGUUGUCUGGAUGAAGAAACUUGAGAAGGGAAAACAGUUCAGUAUUGUGUUUUCAAAAAUACAUUAGUUUGGCAUAUACAAUGUUGAUGCUUUGUUCAUUGGACGGACCAAGCCUAAACAUUACUGCCUAUUUCCAACAUUUGAUAUCCGUAACUUGUAUGCCUUCUGCCAGUCUGCACAUACUACACACGUUUGAAGGCUCACUUCACAUGUGUUUUAUAUAUAUUGCUGUAUUUUGCUAGUUUUGCCUUCCUGUAUUAAAUAUCGCUUUACAGUGCUUAUAUGUGUACAUACUGUAAGAAUACAUAUAUGUUUCUAUCAAAACUUUAAUAUUAGUAUUAAUAUUAUUAUUGUAAUACUGCUUAGAAUUAUGUUGGUUAAAAGCUACAUAGUACAUGGAGAUUUGAUUUUGGCGGAAAUAGAUCUGAAACUCAUACUUGUCAACACAAUUAAAGCUAUUUAUUAACAACUUGUUGCUUUCUACUUGCCACCCAGUUUCUUCCAAUCUUAAAACAUGCUUUCUUUAUUUAUUUACGUUGUAAGCAUGAUUUGUUUGCUAAUCGCUAUUUGAGCACACUCAAUGCUUUGAUAACCAUUGAAUAGGGGAUUCUGUGAAUUACUGUCUCAAUAAAAUAUCAAACUAUUUAUGUACUGUGGUUGUCAAUAUUUAAAAUUUCUGUAACAGGGCCUAAUUAUUGUAUAUUGUAAUGGAAUAAUCAUUUAGCACACAAUUUAUUUAAAAGCAUCGCCUCUUAGUAAAGUACACUAUUUAAGUACUUCCGUAUUAAAUGACAAAACAAAAGAUUGAGUGCUACUUUGUGUCAUAAAAUAUCUCAAUAUAUCACAUAAUGACUAAUCCUGUUGAAUUACAUUCUUGAAGAGAGAUAUAUCGGAAACUCUAAUUAUGAAAACAUCAGUCUCUGGGUUUUUUAGAAUUUUAGAGUUUUAGAAAACUCCGGUUGUUCACGCCAACAUUAGCAAAGAGCUAUAAAGAAUUAUCGUUUUAAUGUUUCGCUGACUGCUCCAAAACAAUAACACCAUUUUUCUUUCAAUAAAUAAAUUUGAUGCAUGAAUUUGAAGCUACCUCACCCGAACCCUGGUCUCUUAACGGUGUAUUUUUGCUAUUUUAGCUACUGGACAUGCCCCUUUAGUUUCCAUUCUAUUAUCAAAUGAGAAAUUGGGUGUAUAUCAGUUACUGUAGUAACAGUGUACGUUGUAUACGGCUUAUUUGCAUAAAAGAAAACCCCGAAAACACACAAAAAACCCUCGCCGUGUUAUGCGGUACCAUUUUACCGCCUAUGAUUAACUGUUUUUACAUCGUUUUAACUUUUGAUAUUAUUCUUAAAAGUUCAAGCUAGCGUGAUAUCGCAUAAUUAUCUAACCUUGACGACGGAAGGGAGAUAAAUUCAAAAUUGAUUUUGUUCAACGUUCGCAAGAGUCGUUUAUCCUAAUCUAUAAGCACACAGCAUAAUAAAUAUUGAAUUAGCAUUUGUAAAAUCUGACCGUUAACGAUCUAAACAUAAUAAAAAUAGACACAAAUCAUAAUAGAACAUUGUAUAGAUAACAAACUUUCAAUGUUUAUUAUUAUAUUUAUUCUUUUCAAAUAAACUAAAAAAAUAUACCCUUACAUUUUGUUUAUCUACUGAGAUCGGAAACACUAGAUUAUAAAUAAAACAAUAGUACGAAUAAGGCGUAUCAAACGUACACUGCUACUACAGUCAGUACCUGAUAUUCGCCUGAGUUUUAACUAAAUGAAACUCUUACCUACAGGCCCUUGUAUUUCCGCGGGAAGAGGCUGAGGUCCUGUCCUGGAGAGCUGUUGUAGACAGCCGCCAUGCAGUACUGCCGGACAUGUUUGUGUACGGAUACAAAUUGUACGCAUUCUCGGAAAAUAUGGUAAAACAAAUAGAGCUGACGGAAUGUUCGCAGUUUUCAGCUUGUGACAAAUGUAUUGAAAGCAAUGACAUUUUUUGCGGAUGGUGUAUUUUGGACAAUAGGCUCAGCGAGUAUCUGUCCACGCAUAAACCAAACGAGCCCUGAUGAGAUAAGAACAGAUCAUUCGUCCGAGUUGACACUCACCUUGUCCCAUAACCUGAGAAUUGGACUAGGGUUGAGAUGCCAGUUUGAAAGCUUGGUCGACAACAAGACUAUAUUGAUGAACAGCAGUGUUUCGGGUGUAGAAAGGGCCGACGAGGUAACAGUUCUGUGUCGCUCGCCAGACUGGACGAAACUAGAACAUCACGUCCAAGGUACGUCUAUUGUGUCUGUCCUGCUCUUCACGAACGUUUCCUCUGUGGCUGUUAUGAGGGGGGAGUUAACUGUGUUUGUAUGCGAAACGUUUUCAAGGUGUGGCAACUGCAUUUUUAGUCGUCGGACAUGCAAAUGGUGUCCUUUGGAGGGACGUUGUAUCAAAGAAAAUAAUUCAUGUAAUAGAAAUGAGAGUUUUGUAGAGAUCGGUAAAGAAAGCAAGUGUCCAAAUGUAACAAACUACACCGUUUCUGCUCCAAACGUGCUGAAUAGUUCCGGCGUUGCACACUUGGCAAUUGAGGAAAGUAACAAUAUUACCGUCAAGGGCUUGAACUUUAUUGAGACAAAUGGUUUUGCAAGUUAUCAUUGCUCCGUUAAAAACUCGGACUUACCUGGCGGAGAGAAACAUUUUAAGGCAAAACGAAUAAAUGAUACUGAGAUUAUGUGCCACAUCCCAAAGGAAGGCAUACCAAGGAAUCUGGACUCCACUACAAGUCUUCAUGUUGACCUUCAGUCAAAACAGCUUGACGGACUAUCGCUUCAAGUUGUGUUUUAUCAAUGCGGUUCUCUGAUCUACCCAACAAACAACUGUGGACAAUGUGAAAGUUUUAAAUACUACCAGCCAUAUUUAAGAUGCCAAUGGUGCAAUGGACAGUGUAUAUAUGCGGGAAAGCACUGUGUAACAGCAGAAACCACGUGCCCUGAACCAGUUAUCACAAAGGUAUAUCCACUUUCUGCCCAUAUCAAUGCUGUCACGCCCAUAACUGUCGAAGGUUUUAACCUGGGUUCCCACUACAACGAAACAAUAAACGCUGUUAGUGUCGGGAACAUCUCCUGUUACAACUACACUGCCGAUGUGGUAAACAUAUCAACAAGAAUAACAUGUAAGCUUGGACCGAGUGAAAGAGAAACAACGGAAAAUGUGACAGUGAAUAUAAGAGGCAACAAUCCAGUUGUGUUUGAAAAACACAGCUUCAACUUUAAGAUUCCGAGAUUGAUAAGGAUUUUUCCGGAUUAUGGGCCUUUGUCUGGUGGUACAAAUGUCACGAUAUACGGCGAGCAUCUAGACACAGGUUGGGAGAGGAAGAUAAAGAUUGGAGAGCAACUCUGCGGACUAGUUACAGUGCCAGCGUUUAUGAAGCCAACCCUGGCAGAAUGUAAGACUGUUAAAUCCUAUUCAACCAUCCAGACGAAUGCAUCGAUUUCCAUGGUUUUCGAUAAUGAGGCCGUUGAAGGAAUCAACUUCACGUACGUUCCUGACCCUGUAGUUUGGGAUAUUCAACCAAGAAAGAGUUUUGAAAGAGGAGGAAGAGUUUUAACGGUGACUGGUCUGAACUUGUUGUCCGUGCAAAGUCCGAAGCUCAGGGCCCGUACCAUUGACGGAAAUACUACAGUUGAACAACCGUGCAGUCACAGAAAAGCGUAUGACAGCGAAAACAAGUUAAAAGAAAAUUUAACAUGUAGAAGCCCAAUGUUUUAUCCCCGAGGGUCCAGUCAGCGGACUAAGUCGUCGCUUGAAAUAUCUGGAAAAAUGGAGGUUAGUUUUAUAAUGGACGAUGUGGAUUUAGUCAGGAAUUUGCCGUCCAACAUAUCUGAACUCCUAUACUAUCCUGACCCUACGCUUUACAACUUCACCGAGACUCUGAACUUCACACAAGUCAUCGUUAUAAAGGGUGAACAUUUAAACGUGGCUGCGACCGCGGAAGACGUACAGGUGUUAAUUGACUGUGAAAUAUGCAAUGUCACCACUCUGGAGCACGACCGGGUAAUCUGUAACGCUCCCACUAGCGCACCAAAGUGUAACAUUACCGGACAAACGUUGUUUACUAUUAAGGUAAGCAUUGGAUUUCUAACACGAGAGGUCGGCCAGAUGGUUUAUGAAAUUUCCGAUCCAAUGGACAUUAAACUUAUAGUUGGCGUUGUAGCUGGAGUAGUGCUUUUUCUCUUUGUGUGGUUGUUUUCUAUUGGCUUUAAACCAAUAAAGAAGAGGCUUCUGCGGGCUCAAAUACAGCAGGAACGGAAAGGUUAUGAACACAAGCUUGAUAAAAUGGAGGGUCGCUAUAGAAACCAGUGCCGAGAAGAGUUUGCUGCUCUACAAACAGCCAUGGUCGACCUUACAAGUGAGCUUGAAGGUGGAAACGUCCUGUUCCGAGAGUUCGAUGACUUUGCUUGUAAAACUCUGUUGUUUGCGGAAGGAUCACUUGGUUUGAUGUCACCUCCUCCUAUUACUACGAGCAGCAUCGAGAAGGAGAUGGAGCAGUUCAAGAGUUUGCUGAAGAGCCGCCAAUUCCUUCUGACUUUUAUUCGAGCCAUUGAGAAGCAGAAUAGCUUCACCAUCCAUGACAGGUCUGACGUUGCAACAUAUUUGAUGGUCAUUAACCACGACAAUAUGGAAUUCCUAACGAGCAUUUUGACGGACCUACUUGAUGCGCUCAUUGACAAAAAUGUUGCUGCCAACACACCCAAACUGCUUUUACGAAGGUCUGAGUCAGUCGCUGAAAAGUUGUUGACUCACUGGCUGUCAGUCUGCCUCUACCACUACCUGAAAGAGCAUACUGGGUCAGUUUUGUUCAUCCUCUACCAGGCUAUCAAGAUACAGGCGAUGAAGGGACCGUUGGACUACAUCACAUCCUGUGCAAAAUACACGCUAUCUGAGGAUAAACUCUUUACAGAAACUUACCAACCAAAAUCAUUGUCGCUGGAAGUAGAUCAUUUCCACUACAUAGAAAACCAGCAGAAGACCAUCAAUGUCGUAGUUCUCGACUGUGACACAAUCACUCAGGCCAAGGACAAGAUGUUGGAGAUUCUGUACAAAAACGCCGGAUACUCGCAACGGCCUUCGGUUCAUGCAACAGUAUUAGUUGAAGAGAGUGACGGUACCAGAAGAACACUUCAUGAUGAGGAUGAGUCCAGUGAGAAAGACGGCCUUUGGAAGAAAAUCAACACACUCCAGCAUUAUAACGUGCAGGAUGGGGUGAAAAUGUACUUGGAACUAAACAGAGAACAUUUGACCAUGUCUGUAAAUAUAAAGACAGCGACGUCCCCAGAAUCGUUCAUUAUCGGGGGCAUAAGGAAGUCGAAGCCAAUUGUUCGCACAAUUAGCGGUUCAAACUAUUGGCAUUUGAUGAAACAGCACAACAAAGACGAGGAGGUGAAGCUGGCCAGCGAUUUCUUCCUCCCAAGGCUCAUAAACACAAAGGGUACUCUUCAAGAAUACAUAGAUGACUUCUAUUCCAAAAUCCUUCAUGUCCCGAAUGACCCGCCGAUUAUCAUCAAGUUUCUGUUUGAUAAGCUGGACAGCGCGGCAAACAGGUGCAACAUCACAGACCCAGAUGUGAUUCACACUUGGAAAUGUAACAGCCUGCUGUUGCGUUUCUGGGUGAACAUCAUCAAGAACCCCGAGUUUGUGUUUGACAUUCACAAGCCAGUCAUUGUCGACUCUUGCCUCUCCGUGAUCGCACAGACCCUCAUGGACAGUUGCUCUACCACCGAGUCAAGGCUCGGCCCCGGAUCUCCGUCAAACAAGCUGUUGUUUGCUAAGGAAAUUCCACGCUACCGAAAGAUGGUGCAGGAAUAUUUUGCAGAGAUGAAGUCUCGUCCAGCGGUCAGCGAGCAGGAGCUGAACUCGUUUCUAACGGAGAAAAUAUCUCAGAAAAUAUCCGGAAAAGUUUACCAAUCCACUGCUCUUCUUGAGAUGUUCAAAUUUGCCAAGAGAUACCGAGAAAAGAUUAGCGCCGAGAUGGAAAACGAAGAAGCAGAACAUCCGGGUACUUCUUCCUCCAUGUCCUCUAAGCUGCAAUGUAUCUACAUGGCCAUGGACGAGUUUCAGCAGUAGAUAGUUAAUAAGCUAAUGUAUAUGCUACUACUGAACUGUUCGACAUGAUAUGUUACAAUUGUAAAUAACGGAGAACAAAUAUAUAGUAUUUACAUCGUUUACCAAGUAGAGUUACAGUAGAUGAAGGAGAAGUAAAGAUGCUCAAAACAAACCAUUGGUUAUGGCAAAAGCAUCUCCUAGGAAACUCCAAUGUUAAAACAAAUACCCUGCAAUGCAUUUCUAAUAAAAUGCAUAUGAGCAUCAUUGUUAAAUGUGAAUCUUUCUAGUAUUAACAACACUAUAACCAUUGCCAUAACGAUGCAAUGUCUUCAUUUUGUUAUUUCUCUAAUGAAAUUUGUAUAUAUUGAUGUGUACGAAGUUCUUUUUAAAUUAGUAUUCGUGUUUUGUACAAUUAUGUUGACUUUUCAUUUUGUUAUGCUUAUGUCAUUCCAACCGGCACAGCUAACAUACUUUGGAUGGACCAAUUAAAUGCAUGCAGGGUCGCUCUUCCAGAUUUAAAACUUCAUUUACUGACCGACAACCAUUUUCAUCGAUGAAAUUGUACCUUACUGUGAUAUAUCUUUAACAUAAAAACUAAAAAUAUAAAGACAAAACUACUAACACAAGAAAACACAAGACAAUUUUACUACAUUUUUUAAACAUUACUUAUAUGCUUGGAAAGCACUAGUGUAAGAUAUGUUAUAAUCUGUUAUUUGUUUUGUACUUUAAUUGCUUGUUUAUUUUCCAUCAACUGCUUAAAUUAUCUUUGUUUUGAGAAAUCUUAAAUUGAAAAGCAUUUGAUCACGUCAAUAAAAUAUCAUUUUAGGUGUCGUGAACUACUCGGAAGAGAUUCGUAUGUUUGAUUAGUUUCAAAAUGGUCAGACAGUGAUAGGAUAACUAAACCAUGUGCGAGACAGACGAUAAACUGUGAAUAUUGUAAUAGCAUAAAUACCGAAUAAAUAUUUAAUUAAUAGAGCUUUAUGAUGUUUGUUUGGGGUGUUUGUACAUUUUUUGUCUCAUUAAAAACUAAACGAUAUGUGCGGCAGACAAUUAAACCGUGUAAUCGCAUAAUUAGCGAAUUGAUAUUUGAUAGAGCUUUUCGAUGGCUGUUUGUACCUUAUUUUUGUCCCUCGUUCAUUGUCUUCUGGGCCUCUUACCAGGUUUUAUACUUGCAUUAUUUACUACUGGAAUCGUCUCUGUAUUUUUCAUUGAAUUAUUGAGCUGUUUAUAUCGCCUUAGAUUUGAUUAAGUAGUUUAUUGUUGAUAUAUUUUAUUUUUGAUACCUUCUCAGAUUACCUUAACUACUUUGAAGCUUGUUAUCUAUGAUGUCAUUUUUGAUUUUAUGAUUAUGAGCUUAAUUUUCGAUAACACUGAUAAAGAAUUCCAUAUUUUGUGCAAGAUAUUUUAUGUAUGCUAUAUAAAUAAAAAUAUAACCAUC